GCCCGGAGUCCCUGUCCCAUUCGCGCCCGAAGUUGUUGUGGCCCCGGAUCCGCGCCCGCAGGGCUUCCGGACAUCCGCUUCCCCCGAUUCGGAUCUUUACUCAUUGCCGGCCUCCCGCGGUCCCCAGGGCAGAGUUAAUCACCGCCGCGCCGCCACCCCCACCGCGCCUGACCUGAUUCAGUUCCUUCUCGUUUCCUCUCACGUCUCAAGCCUACUCCCCGUAUUAUUCGGGGGACGCAGGCUGUAGUCAGGCUGGCUUUGAACUCAUGGUGAUCCUCCUGCCUCGGCCUCCGGAGUGCCGGAAUUACAGAUAACUGAUAAUGCCAAAGCGGUAGGAAGAUGCCUCGCCCAACAAGAGUUGCAGUGCCUUUAGUGGAAAAACCAAAGAAGAAAUGCUUUAUGCAACGCGGGUUACAUCACUGGCAAGUGGAGAAGUCUCAGGGCGGCACUCUAUACGGAGAACUCAGGAUGGCGGGUGGGGCCACUAUCUGCCCAGGCUGUUUGUCUUCCCUCUUCUGGAGCUGCCACCCUGGCGAGGCCCUUGAUAAAAGGCCAGGGCACCUGUGUCCUGCUUCCUCCUCUCCAGCCUGGAUCAUGCUUCGGCUCCUGUCUGCCCUGAUGCUUCUGGGGGCGCUGGUUGCCCCAGAAGGGACCUCCAAGACUUGUCCAGCCUGCUUCUCGCAGCCUCACUGCAGGGACAUCACCUGCCCCGGGGCCCAGGACUCCUGCCUGUUCAGCCGGAUGCAGCUGGAAAACGGGACCGUGGUGGAGAAUGGCUCAUGUGUGGCACCUGGGCAGUGCCGGGAAGCCGUCAGCACCCUGACCUACGCCCCCAACUCCGAGCUCUGGGUUAGCACCGCCUGCUGUGCACACAGCUGCAGCAUCAGGGACCCACGGCAAGAGCCAGAGCCCGAGGCUAACCAUGUGACAUGUCAAUACUGUUCUGGAAACAAAUCAGCCCCAUGUGACUCCCUUUCGGUCAUGAACUGCACCGGCACCCAGACCAAGUGUGUCACCCUCAACGGGACAUGGAGUGGAGGGGCUCCCCAAAUCCUGAAGGGCUGUGCUACACCAGACGUCUGCCACCUGCAAGUGAACGACACCCUGGGCCCAGCGGAGUCUGGAUUCCAUCUCACUUCCAAGCCAGACUGCAGCAGCCAGGCUUCUCUCACAAAGCUAGUUGUGACCCACACCGACCCAAAGGCUACCAUCUGUUUUACCUGCUCAGACCUGCACCACUGCGACCCUCUCCCCUGUCCGGGGGACAGGAACUACUGCCUCAGGACAGCAGGCAUCACCGACUUUGGGGAUGGAAAUUCUGUCUCCUGGAGAAAUGGCUCCUGCGUGGCCUCCGAGGACUGCAAACGGAACUACUCCGUCUCUGCCUUGACCUAUGGCACCAGCCUUGGUUUCUGGGUCAACACCACCUGCUGCCAAGGCAACUGCCAGGAGCCCACUCAGCUUGCUCUGCCGGCCUUGAGCACGUACCUGUGCCCCACAUGCCUCAAGGAGCAGCCCAGGCCCUGCAACGCCUCCUUCUACAUGCGGUGUCCCCGCGGGGAGACCCAGUGUGUCCAGCUGGACCUGACAUCCGAGGGAGGUGGCCGGAACGUGAGCUUGCGCGGCUGUGGCACCCGAGACCUGUGCAGCACCCUGUCGGCGACCAAGCGGCUCCAGGAGCUCCAGGAGCUCCGGGACCUUCCGGGUCUCCGCGGCCUCCGGCUGUCACGCCAGCCUGACUGCAGGCCCCGCCGCCGCACCCUCCCGGAGUCCCGAGGCCUCUCGGGAGCCACAGGUGUCCCCGGCCUGGCAUUGCCCUUGCUGGCGUUGGCCCUGGGGGUCGCAGUGCUCUGCUGAGGACUUGGGGCUGGUUCACCCUCCCCUGGGAUGUCUCCGGGAAGUCAGGCUCCAGGAUGAGCCUGUGUUCUACAGCUUCCCAGAGGCCAGGCCAAACCUGGACUAAGCUUCCCCAAGGCUGAGCCUGCUUCCUGGUAGCAGGGUCCCCAAGGGCUGGACCUCCUGCGUCCUCCAAGCUGUGUCUUCCCCUGGCUAGGGCCACCCACUGGACGCAAGGGCAGGCCUCUGCUCCACUGGGGCUACAGCUCCAUCCUCAGAUAAGGGGCCCUCAAGGCCAGACCUCUCUCACACCCUGUGCUGUUCUAUUCUUUAUUAGACUGAAAAGGCCCACAUUCUUCUUCAGACCAGGGGGCCCCCAAAGCUAAGCCUACUUCCUCAAACUAGGGACCCCCGACAUUAGACUAAGUUUUCUCCAACACUGGGAAGCAAAACUCUCCUCUUCCUGUCUCCCUCUUCAGGCAGAGUCCUGGCAGCCAAGGUGGGGCUUGAGAACUCAAUAGACCCCUUCCAAGGUGUUUACAGCAGCCUGUUCCAGUCCUGCCAGGGCUAGGACUGACGGGGCCUGGGGGCUGGGUGGGCUGAGGGCGCCCCCUCCGGUCAAGUUCCCUCUCCCAGCGGUAACCAAGUCUGAAUGAACUGAAUCUCACAGCA